AUGAGUGAAAAGUUGCAGGAUGACAGCAGGAGUAGUUCUGGGCCGGCUUUUCCCCUGCACCAGAAGGACCGAACAUUGAAGAGCUCAAAGUCAGAGGAGGAAGAUUUUUUUUACCAGCCAAUUAAGCGGCCUGUUAGGGGAGAUUUCAACCCGGAUAGGGACGAUAUAGAGGUUCCUCAAGUGAUUAAACCCGAGCUAAUCGAUAAUGCACUCAAGAAGUUGCAUAUGAGGCCAAUGAGACGCAAAGCUCUUAAGGAGAGAUAUUCCCUUUUAGGAGGAGGUGCAACCAACGUUGUUACAGAGAGGAAUUACAGAGUCCUGGACGAUUUGCAAGCGUUUACUGGUAAUUUGGAGGACUUUUCUAGUGAUUGCGAGAAGCUUUCCUAUUCUAUUCAAUAUAACGUUCCAGAAGAUCAUAAGGUCGAACAUACUGAUCCUAUACCCUUGAGUGAUAAAAGCCUUCUGGAAGAUAUUACUGAAUAUCUAGAGAACUCGGGACUUGAGGAAAAUAUACCCAGUCUUAAAGAUAAAGGCAAACUUGAUCCAUCUCAUUGGUACAGACUUUCUGGAUCAGCUAUCUGGCUUCCAGACGAGGAGUGCUAUAUGAUGGUAAGCCGUAUAAUGUAUGCUCCCACAAAGCGCGAUGCACCUCUAAUAUCGUUAGUGAGAAUGCAGCUAUACGACAAUGAGUGGAAAGAGUUGAAAGGAAGAAGGAUCAGAUAUCAUGACGCAACUGAUAUCGAUGCAGAUAGAGCAUUGAGAAAGAUAUCUGUAUUGGGAACGUCAAACAAGCAUUCAGCCGAAAUAUUGGAUCAUAUCUCUGUGAAAUUCCCUUCUUUUAUGGACAUUCCAUUAGAAGUUAAAUCAAAAGGAAAUAUGCUGGGACCAGAGGAUCCAAGGAUCAUUUAUAAACCAAGUGAAACAGGAAAUAAUGAACCUGUGGUAUUAUUCAAUAUGUUUAGUGGGCUAAGAAGACGCUCGAUGUAUGCUGCCUUCCCACUCCGGAAGCCAAAAUCAAACGCCUCUCAUAAAGUGACAAUAUUACAGUUUAGGCAUAGUGGAAGCAGCUCGUUGACUAUCAAAGCAGUGGAAAAGAAUUGGGUUCCAUUCUUCGAGGACACGAAGAAUCCUGAAUAUAUCAGUUUCUUGUACGGAUUGGAUCCACUGGUGGUGUUCAGAUGCAGAUUGGACAACGGUAAGUGCGACAAGAUUCAAGAUGAUGGCUACGGAACGGGUAUGAUAGCAUCAAAUAAGAUCGCACUACGUGGAGGAACGAAUUUGAUGGCGGUUCCGAUGGAAAUCGUGAGACAGCUUCCAGAAUUGAAGAAAGAUCCGCUACACAACGUCAAACUGUAUGUGGCUUUCGCUAAGACACAUGCUUGGAAGUGCGGCUGUGCUAGCGCAUUUUAUAGACCGACGCUCUACCUCCUCGUCAUGGUGGAUGGUACCUAUCGAAUCGAUCUUAUGACAGAGAGUAUCGACUUCGGCCUGGACGUGCUUUCAUUUGACGGAAGAUCGACCAGCUGUGAUUCGUCUGGUCCUAAUGUGCUAACUCCAAACAAGCUUCUCGCUAAAAGAUCAAUCAUCAGUCAUAUUAUCACCACUUUACGUAUAACAACUAUUGAUUAG